CGCCUCCUCCCUCCCUCCCUCCCUCCCCACAAACACCCCCGGCUCCCGCUGCUGCCGCGUCCUCUAUCCGUCCAGUCGCCCUCUCCGCUGCCGACUUGUCGCCGCAGCCGAAGCACAGCGCACCGUGGAGAGUCCGAGAGAUCCGAGGUGGGGAGGAAGGACGUAGAGCGCGGAGGGGAGGGCGGGAUGGAGGGGGGACGAUGACUGCGCGCGCGGCGGCGGGAUGAGGACGAUCUGCGAUGUGUGCGAGAGCGCGGUGGCGGUGCUCUUCUGCGCGGCCGACGAGGCCGCCCUCUGCCGUCCCUGCGACGAGAAGGUACAUAUGUGUAACAAGCUUGCUAGUCGGCAUGUAAGGGUUGGGCUUGCGGACCCUAAUAAAUUAAUACGCUGUGAUAUAUGUGAAAGUUCUCCUGCUUUCUUCUACUGUGACAUAGAUGGUACAUCACUUUGCCUGAGCUGUGAUAUGGCUGUUCAUGUUGGUGGGAAACGAACCCAUGGAAGAUACUUGCUGCUAAGACAACGAGUCGAAUUUCCAGGAGAUAAACCAGGGCAUAUGGACGAUGUAGCCAUGCAACAGAUGGACUCUGAAAACCCAAGGGACCAAAAUAACGCUCAUUCCGUACCAAAGGAGCAAAUGGUGAACCACCACCACAAUGCCUAUGAUCCGGCCUCAGAUGGCAAUUGCAAUGGCCAGGGUGCCAUUGAUUCAAAAAUGUUUGAUCUUAAUAUGAGGCCAGCUCGUAAUAAUGGGCAAGGUUCAAGUUCCCAGACUCAUGGAGUGGAUCAUAGCCACAACAACAACCAUGACUCUUCAGGAGUGGUGCCAACAUGCAAUUACGAUGGAGCUGCCGACAAGUGAAUGUCGGAAUCUCGGAAUGUAAAUUGCUUCGGUUGCUGUUAUAAACAUUUCUUCCGCACCGGGAGCUUGAAUUAGCUUUAGCCUUAGUGGCCGGGCUAAAUGUAUCGUUGCAGGGACCUUAGAAUGUGUGUUGUUUUCGAAUAGAGACGAAGCUAACGACUGUAUCUGUAUUCAGCAUGGCAUGCACUAGACGCUGUGUUGCGGAUUUCUGUUGUAUGCUAUCAGGGACUGUACAAAGAAAUAAUAGAUCUCUCAUUUUGUGUA